AUGUCAAUUACAUAAUAAAUAUCAAUUUCAAUAUUGAGAUCCUCAAUAUUAAAAUUGAAUCAAAGUAAUUCUUGGAUAGCCAAUUUAAGGAAUCAAUUUAUUGAAGAAAUUGCAUCAGAAAUUGGAUAUUAUAAGAAAUACUCUAUUUUUAUAACAAUGUGA